AUGCAUGGGGAUUACCCCGCCGCGCUGUGGAUUGCCUGCGUGGGCGCGCUGCUGGGCUCGCUGCAGUACGGCUACGCGAUCGGCGUCCUCAACACCAGCCUGACCGCCGUGUUGGAUGACCUGGACACCGACGCUGACUCCCUCCUCUCCUCAGCCGUCGUCGUCGGCGCCGCGAUCGGCGCCCUCUUCUCCGGCCGCCUUGCCGACGCCCUCGGCCCGCGCCGCGCGCAGCUGCUGAACGUGCUGCCGUUCGCGGCCGGCGGGCUGCUCUCAGCGGCGGCGCGCUCGCAGGCGGCGUUCCUGUUUGCUCGCGCGCUCGUCGGCUUCGGAGCGGGCGCUGCCUCGCUGCUGACGCCGCGGUACAUCGCAGAAAUAUCGGUCCCCUCGCUGCGCGGCCGCAUCGGCAGCCAGCACCAGGUGUUCAUAAACGUCGGGAUUCUCUUGGCCUACCUGGCGGGUGUCCCCUACGAACAGGAGUUCAGCGGCUUCAAUUUCCGCGGCCAGUUCGUGGCCUGGUGGCGCGUGAUGGUCGCCCUGCAGGCCGUGCCCGCCGCGCUGCAGGCAGUCGCGCUGCUGGGCAGCCCCGAGAGCCCGGUGUGGCUGGAGAGCGUGGGGCGCAGCGAGGACGCCGACGAGGCGUUCAUACAGCUGUGA